UACCCUGUCCGCCGUUCUCCCUCCCAGCCAUGUCCGAAGUGCCCCACGAACCCGUCCCGCUGCACCCCAUCGCGCCCCGUGUCAAGGACGGCCUCAAAACACCACACGUCGGGCCGCACAUCCACGCCUACAAGGCAUUGCAUUCGCAGACCCUCGGCCAUGAGAGCGACAAGUGGUGGGCCAAGAUGGCCAGGGAGACGAUAUCCUGGGACAGGCCGUUCCACACCGUCCGCGCGGGAGGCUUCGAGACGGGCGACAUCGUCUGGUUCCCGGAGGGUGGUCUCAAUGCGUCAUACAAUUGCGUAGACCGCUGGGCGUUCAAGCACCCCGACAAGACUGCCAUCAUCUACGAAGCAGACGAACCAAAUGAGGGCUGCGAGAUCACGUACGCACAGCUGCUCCGCGAGGUCUGCGGGAUCGCGAACGUGCUCAAGUCGCUCGGUGUCAAGAAGGGCGACACGGUCUCCAUCUAUUUACCCAUGACCUGGCACGCAGCCGCUGCGUUCCUCGCGUGCGCCCGCAUCGGUGCGGUGCACUCGGUCGUUUUCGCGGGCUUCAGCGCGGAGUCGCUGCGGGACCGGGUGCAGGACUGCAAGUCGCGCGUGCUCAUCACGAGCGACGAGGGCCGCCGCGGCGGCAAGACCAUCGCGACCAAGGUCAUCGCGGACGCGGCGGUCAAGGAGUGCCCCGUCGUGGAGCAUGUGCUCGUGCUGAAGCGCACGGGGAACGAGGUCCCGUGGACGCCCGGGCGCGACCGCUGGUGGCACGAGGAGCUCGCGAAAGUGCCGAGCUAUUGCCCGCCUGAGGUCAUGUCCUCCGAGGACCCGCUCUUCAUUCUCUACACCUCCGGAUCGACCGGGCGGCCGAAGGGCGUGGUGCACACCACCGCGGGCUACCUCCUCGGCGCGGCGCUGACGGUCAAGUACGUGUUCGACGUGCACCCGGACGACCGCUUCGCGUGCAUGGCGGACGUCGGCUGGAUCACGGGACACACGUACAUCGUGUAUGGGCCGCUCAUGAACGGCGUGACGACGAUGGUGUUCGAGUCGACGCCCGUGUACCCGACGCCGUCGCGCUACUGGCAGGCCGUCGACAAGCACAAGGUGACGCAGUUCUACUCCGCGCCGACCGCGAUCCGCCUUCUCCGCCGGCUCGGCGACCACCACGUCAAGGAGCACGACCUCAGCUCGCUCCGCGUGCUCGGCAGCGUCGGCGAGCCGAUCAACCCCGAGGCGUGGCACUGGUACAACGACCACGUCGGCCGCCGCCAGUGCGCCAUCGUCGACACCUUCUGGCAGACCGAGACGGGCUCCAUCGUCGUCACGCCGUUCCCCGGCGCGAUCGAGACGAAGCCGGGCUCCGCGACCGUCCCCUUCUUCGGCAUCGAGACCGCCAUCCUCGAUCCCACCACCGGCAAGGAGCUCGAGGGCCCCGACGUCGAGGGCGUGCUCGUGCUCAAGACGCCCUGGCCGUCGAUCGCGCGCUCCGUCUACCAGGACCACCAGCGGUAUCUCGAGACGUACAUGAAGCCCUACCCUGGCGUGUUCUACACGGGCGACGGCGCCGCGCGGGACGAGCACGGCUACAUCUGGAUCAAGGGCCGCGUCGACGAUGUGAUCAACGUGUCUGGCCACCGUCUGUCGACGGCGGAGAUCGAGUCUGCGCUCAUCACACACGCGGGCGUCGCCGAGACCGCGGUGGUCGGCACUGCGGAUGAGCUGACGGGCCAGGCUGUAUAUGCGUUCGUGACAUUGAAGCCGGAGUUCAAGUUCGACGGGACGGACGAAACCGCGCUGAUCAAGGAGCUCACGCUGCAGGUGCGCAAGGUCAUCGGGCCGUUCGCGGCGCCCAAGAAGAUAUACCUCGUCUCGGACCUCCCCAAGACGCGCUCGGGCAAGAUUAUGCGCAGGAUCAUGCGCAAGAUCGUCGCGGGCGAGGGCGACCAGCUCGGCGACCUCAGCACGCUCGCGGACCCCAGCGUCGUCGAACUCAUCAAGGUCAAAGUCGCCGCGUCGUAGCUGCCCCCCCCUUUGCCGACCCUGUGCACGGCUAACCCGGAUACCUCCCGCCGGCUGAGUUUGUGGUGUCUCCCUCCCCGAGUCUGCACGCGCCCGACUUGCUGUAUCUUAUUACUUAGUGCUGAUAUGUAGUUGGUUAUAUACCUAGUGAGUAUGUCAUGGUCAAGUGUAAAUCUGUAUAGCUGUACAUUAGUAUUGAAGCGGUAGCAAUGCGAAUUUGAAGACUUCCUGGACCCGUCUGGUCGUUC